AUGGCAACGCCCACCUCCAGCCGCGCGCCUUCCGAUGCGCUGCCCGUUGAAAAUGGCCAAUCUCUCGCCGCCCGUCGCACUUCGCUCGGUUUCCUUCGUCGUUCGAAAUCUACCGAGCCGCUCGGUGAACGCAAGCCUUCCGGCAGCCGCAAGAAGAUGUCCAAGACCCAAGCUAUGGAAGAGGAACUCCGUCGUCAGCGUGAAUCUUACGCCCCCAAGAACGCCCCCCGUCUGCCGGAUCUUUCCCCCACUCCCCAACUCGAGACCUUUGGUGGUGAAGAACGUGAUACCCUUGCCCCUGAGCCUCCCAUGCCUCGUCCUCAUUCUGGAAUCGCCAUCCCUACUGCAUCCAUGAGUUCACCCGUCGAUGCCGUUGACCCCUACGCGCGUACGGAGAGCAUGACCCAUCGUGGUCGUUACAGCUAUGCCAGCAGUGCCAUGAGCACCGUCAACAGCCCCCGUCGUAUUCGUCGCCGGAAGGAUCCCACCCCUUACAAUGUGCUCGUGGUUGGCGCCCGCAACUCCGGCAAGACCUCUUUCCUCAACUUCCUGCGCAAGGCUCUGACCAUGCCCCCACACAAACACCCCUCUCGCAGCCCGGAGGAGCUGGAAGAAUUGGAACGCCAAACCUCUGCCUACGAAGGAUUCACCUCGCAAUACCUAGAGACUGAGAUUGAUGGAGAGCGCGUCGGUCUGACCCUCUGGGAUUCCACCGGUCUCGAGCGCAACAUUGUGGACCUGCAGAUGCGUGCCGUGACUGGUUUCCUGGAGAGCAAGUUUGAGGAGACCCUCGCGGAGGAGAUGAAGGUGGUGCGUUCUCCCGGUGCUCGCGACACCCAUAUCCACUGCACCUUCCUGUUGCUGGACCCCGUUCGCCUCGAUGAGAACAUUGCCGCGGCCGAGCGCAUCGCCAAUGGCACUGCUAAAGCUACCGACGCCCCGGUGGUCGGCAUCCUGGACCAGAAUCUCGACUUGCAGGUGCUGCGCACCAUCCUGGGCAAGACCACCAUUGUCCCGGUCAUUAGCAAGGCGGAUACCAUUACCUCUGCGCACAUGGGAUACCUUCGCAAGGCCGUGUGGAACAGCUUGAAACAGGCCAAUAUCGACCCCCUGGAGAUCUUGACAUUGGAGGACCAGGAGGAGUAUACUUCAUCGGAGAGCGCGGAUGAGGAGGAAUCCGUGUCAGGAGAGACCCCCAAGACUCCCACCGAGCCUACCGAAGAAGGCAGUGAAUCCAAGGAAGAGCAGCAGACCAACGGCCCGACCGAGUCAAAGAGUCAGGAACAGUCGGAGCAAGUCAUCCCCCAGUCGCCCUCGCAACGCAGUCAAAACUCCCUCGGUGCUUCACCCGCCAACCCGCACGUUCCCUUCUCCAUCCUUUCCCCGGACCCGCACUCCUUGGCCUCUGGGGAAGAACCGGUCGGACGUCGAUUCCCCUGGGGUUUCGCCGACCCUUACGAUCCCGAGCACUGUGACUUUGUGCGCCUGAAGGACUCGGUGUUCAGUGAAUGGCGGGCGGAGCUGCGUGAUGCCAGCCGUGUGAUCUGGUACGAGCGCUGGAGAACCAACCGGCUCAACCGUAAUGGCCAGCCUACGCCGCUGCCAUCCAAGAAGUCAUACGGAAGUCGCAUGGGACCAAUUCACGACGGUCGCCGUACGCGAUAA